AUGCAAAACACGCAGCCACAUACUAACUUCGGAUCUGGAGCCCCAGACCUAUCACAAUUCAUGAACAACAUGAGUCAAGCCAACUCAAAAGAGCCAGUAUUCACAAUGCCAAUAUCGGUCAAACCGAAAACCCGCGAACCGGCUUCUUUCACAGACAACAGAAUAUAUGUUAGCAAUAUCCCCUUCUCAUUCCGUGAGCAAGACUUGGCCGCAAUGUUCUUUGCAUAUGGACGAGUUCUGAGCGUGGAGAUCGUAACCAAUGAUCGUGGAUCAAAAGGAUUCGGCUUCGUCACUCUUGAUUCCAUUGAAUCUUGCGAGAAGGCUCGUGCUGCCCUCCAUGAAUCCCACGUUCAAGGAAGAAUUAUUGAAGUCAGAAGAGCGACACCAACAAGAAGGAAGCUCGUCAAUAAUCCACACAAUGAGCUGCUCCCACCUCCAAAGUUGUGCGUCGAUCUUCGUGCUCCACACAACCAAUGGAGAACCGAACCAAAUCAUAACCAUCACCAUAAUCAAUACUUCAAUGAUGAAAACUCUGGAUUCCCAUCUGGAUUCAUGAUGGCACCAUUCAAUGAUCAUCGCUUCUCCCAAAGCUGCUCAUCGAGGCCCGUGUUCGGAGAGAUCAACUUCAAUAGUGCACCACCGCGUUGCACGAAGCAUAGCCAGCUAAAGCUCUCCUCAGCUGGGGAUUACUUCUGUAAGAAUGGGGAACCGACAACCGAGAACAGUAUUCUGAUGUGCAUGAACAGCCAGAACACUUCACGCGGAAAGGAUUGCUCAAAUCACGAACUUUCCGAUGUGGAGCCAAACAGCAUGUUCCCAAAUCACCUUCACGAUCAGAUAACUGCACUUCUCGACACUUCCAACCAUUAUGGGUCAUCUAACACCAGUACCAACCAGAGAAGAGCACCAUCGGUCACUUCGUCAGGUUCCGGAGUCAGAACAUCGGAGAGUGAACAUGCUUCAGACGAGGAGAAUCAAUGGACUCCAAACUGUAGUCCCGACCUUCUCGCUUCUCUCUACGAAGGCUCGACAUCGUUCCACGGAAAGCUGGCUUCACCACAAAGAGGUCCUUCAGCCCACUAG